AUGUUGGUUCAAGAAUUUAAAUUGUACGAGAAUAUUUUUAUUGAAACGAACAUACAAGCGGCGAACUACGAUGGAGUUAUUCUUAUACUAUAUCCUCAAGAGAUGGAUGUCGGCCUUCCGCGUCAUAUAAACAGCUUUAUUGACAACGUUUCGAAGCUGGACAAACAUAUAUACAAAGUUCCUACAGUCUGGAAUUGUGACUAUGUGUCUGGAGGUCGUCUCGUACUCUCUCCAACGGGAAAAAUAACGCCAUACCAUGACGUAAGUGUCAUUAAAGAUGCAGCCAAAAAGGGAAUGGCUAGAGCGCUAGACGCUGGAAUGAAGAAACCACUGCUGGUCAUUGAAAAUGUCGUCAAUUUUCCAGAUGGACAGCUCGUCGGUAUCCUUGGUGCGCUGGAAGCCAUGUAUGUACCUUUACAGAUUCGCGAGUUUAAGGACUCGAAGAAUUUUAUCCAUAUAGGAUUCCAUUCAGAUGAAAAAAUUACUGAAGCAUUCGAGAGGGUUGUGAGAAAUGCUUUGGCGUUGGAGAGAUCGAGGAUCUUUGCGCGUGACAUCGCUGGAGGCGAUCCGGAAAGAAUGGCCCCUGCUAAAAUCGUUGAGUAUGUGAAGCACUCGUUCGCUGGUGACACCAACAUAAGCAUCAACGUCAUUGAGGAUCAAGGGGUAAUUGCGAAGGAAUAUCCUCUGUUAGCAGCUGUAUCUAGGGCUGCCAAUAAUGUGGAAAGACAUAAAGCGAGAGUUGUAGAAAUUAAUUACAAUCCUUCUAUUCCAAGCCGCGUGAUUGAAACCCUAUUGUUGGUUGGUAAAGGAGUGACAUACGAUACAGGCGGAGCCGAUGUUAAGAUCUCCGGUAGAAUGGCUGGCAUGUCAAGAGACAAAAGUGGAGCAGCAGCAGUAGCGGGCUUUUUAAAAGCUUGCUCCAUUUUAAAACCACCUCAUCUUAAAGUUACUGGCGUACUCUGUCUAUGCAGGAACUCAAUUGGUGAAGAUUCCUAUGUAGCAGAUGAGUUGCUCAUAUCCAGGAGUGGUAAGUCUGUACGAGUGACGAACACAGAUGCCGAAGGGCGCCUGGCAAUGGCGGAUUCGGUGUUCAAAUGUUCAGAGAUUGCACUAAAGGAACUUAACCCACAUAUCUACACCAUAGCUACGUUGACAGGCCAUGCUAGGGCGUGCUAUGGAAACUAUACAGCUGCGAUGGACAAUCACAGUGCGAAAGCCACAAACCACUCAGGCAAAUUGCAGUUCAGUGGUUCCAGGAUGGCUGAAGGCAUCGAAGUUUCCACCGUAAGAGCUGAAGACUUGGCUAUCAAUAAUGGUAAAUGUAAGGGAGACGACCUGGUUCAGUACGACACUGAUGCGAAAUGUCGUAACCAUCAGUUGGCUGCCGGUUUCUUAAUCAAAGUGGGUGGUGUCGAGGAGAAUAACAUUAAAUACACACAUUUGGACAUCGCUGGUGGAGCAGGCUGUUUCCCAGAGGAGCCAACUGCUGUACCUAUUCUAACACUGUGCCACGCCCAUAAAGUUUUGACUAUGUAA